AAAUUGGACCCCGUGUUGUUUGUAAAAUGGUACAACCCUUAAGGUUACCGGAAGUUGUUUCAGCUGCCAUGUUUGGUUGCUUUGUUGUAGGCUUCUACUAGGUUUCCUACACAAUUACCAAGUGUGGAAAUGGAGGCAAGCUGGAGUACGUUUCUCUUCCAACAGGCCAAUGAAGCCCUCCACCACCAGCACCAGGUGGCCCAAAACAGCCUGCUGCCCCUUCUUAACGCAGGAACUGAACCGAUCGACCAAAAGCCCGUGCUGCCCAUCCAAAUCGACCACAAGAACCCUUCCAUUGGUCUGGAUCUCCUUAAAGACAAUGUGACCAGUGGAGGAGGUGGACGGCCACCAGUGCCCGUGAUAAAGAAGGAGCAUAAAGGCAAAACGCCAUUCGUUUGUGGCUACUGCAACAAAGCCUUCCGCGACAGCUACCACCUGCGACGCCACGAGUCCAGCCACACGGGUAUCAAAAUGGUGUCGAGGCCAAAGAAAGUUGCCCAGACGGCCCCCCCGACCAUGGUGCCGAUGAUCUCCACGAUGCAUCGAGAGAACAACGGAAACGUUUCCUACAUCUCCACGGCAGCAGGCAUCCUCUCCACGGCGACCACUUCCGUCUCGUCCGGCGCGAGCAUCAUGACUUCGGCGAUGGGCAACAUGUCGCACCACCAGCAGACUGUCCCCAAGAAACCUGCCAAACCUGUCAAGAAAAACCAUGGGUGCGAGCUGUGCGGCAAGGCCUUCCGUGACGUUUAUCAUCUGAAUCGCCACAAGCUCUCCCAUUCGGACGAAAAGCCCUUCGAGUGCCCCAUUUGCCACCAACGGUUUAAAAGGAAGGACCGAAUGACCUACCAUGUUCGGUCUCAUGAUGGAGGAGUCCAUAAGCCCUAUGUGUGCUCCGUCUGUGGGAAAGGUUUUUCCAGGCCUGACCACUUGAGUUGCCACGUGAAGCAUGUUCAUUCUUCCGAACGGCCGUUUAAAUGUCAAGUGACGGCGUGUACCUCUGCGUUUGCCACCAAAGACCGACUGCGUUCUCACAUGAUCAGACACGAGGGAAAGGUGACCUGCAGCAUCUGUGGGAAGAUGCUGAGUGCGGCUUACAUCACCAGCCACCUGAAGACUCACGGGCAAACAAACUUCAACUCCUGUAACAAAGACCAGGUCUGCAACUCUGCCUCAGCUACACCCGUGACUGUUUCGGCUCCCAUCACCACGGCGAUGAACCGGGGCAACUCCAACAAUAACAACAACGCCGUCACCAUAGCGGCGCAAAUGAACAUUAGUACCAACACGGUCAACAUCACGUCGCCGGUCAGCCUUCAGCACCCGCUCACCAUCACCGGGCCCGUCAACAUCGCGUCUGUCAACAUCCCUGCCAGCGCGUCCAUGAAUAUUGCUCACCCGGUCGCAAUAACCACCCCCAUGCCAAUGAAUAUCGCCGGCCCACUUAACAUUGCCAUGCGGCCAGUGGAUAGCAUGCCUUUCUUGUCCCAAGUCUUACCGUCUUCCCCACCCUGGUAAAGAUAAAACAAAAAACAACUCAAAAGGAGAAGGAGCAUUGAACUGGCCAGGAAGAAAGGGAAAAAAUAAAAUGAGACUCAUCUCACAAUUUGCCCCUCAGGGCCAGCUCCCCCACCCCCUGUCUUUUUUGUUUUGGGGGGGUUGUUUUUUGAGAAACCCUCAUACUUUCAUUCCUCACACCUCCAAGUGGGUGUGCUGUAUUUACGAGCUGCGCAGCCAGGGGGCGCUCGCGAAUUCUUAGCUGCAUCCCAGUUCAUGUUAACAUGACUUACAGGAGAUGCACAAAACUUGACGAGAAACCAAGUAGGACCGUCCUUGAAAUAAGGACACGUUUAGGAAUUAGCUUAGUCUGUUAGAGUGACGAAACUGAUCUGUAAUAACUGAAGUGAGAUGAUUCCUCAUACAUCAUGAUGGGCUGUCAUGGAAGAAGAACCUGUUUUUUGUUGUCGUUUUCUUUUCUACCAUAGGAGAAGCGAGAUGGACUGACUUCUCUUCCACAGCCUCUGGCUGUUGCUUUAUACGUUAACUAUAGCCUGGUAAUCCAUAUUUAAUGUAGGAGAAAAAAAUCAUAGUAAAAAGGGACAGCAGCUUCCAUGUGCAAGGAAGGAUAUUUUUUUCACCUUACUACAGCUUUUCCAUUUUGUUUUCAGAUAGUAGUUACUACACUCUUAAGGUACAGCUAACUUGUAAAUUCAACAUAGUUCUGCAUUUUGAGUUUUUACCCGUCUUUUCAAGGAGAUCUCUCCAAAAGUGUCCGCUUGAUGAUGAAAUGUUUGUAUUUUUAUAUUUGUAUGGACUUAUGAAGACUUGUGUUUAUGUGCUAUGGUCUGUUUUAACCCCCCCAACCCUGUCCCCCCUCAAUGUAGUUAGAGUCGAUUGAGCCUUGCACUGAACGUACGUCCUCCACACUUAAAAAGCAGCAGUAUUAGUAUUAAAGGUCAAGCUGACAUGCCAGUCGACGCCUGUGGCUUCAUCGUGACUAAACUGGAAAAGCACAGGUGUAUCUUGAAGCUUUUCAGGCUAUUUUUGUCACAAAAAGUCUGAAGUGAUGUCUGACUCCUCUACAAACCUUGUUUUUCCACCCACCGUUAACUCCUACUGCCCCCAAAAGACUCACUCAGGAAACACGCACCUUUGAAAGAAUAUGUAUGCACAUAUUCAUUCUGGCUUGUCCGUGUUUUUUGUUUUGUUAGGUUUUUUUUUUUUUUUUUUUUUUUUUUUUAAAUUCAGUUUUAAAAAUCUUUUGGUACUUAGAGGUUUUUGUCAGAACAAAAUUGGAUAAACAAUCACCAGUGUUGUUUUCAUUUGAAGUGAAACUGUUAGUGGCUCACGCAGACAAUUUAUUUUUAUUAUAUAUUUUUUUUUGUUCAAUUUAGAUUUUUCUUUUAGUGAUUGUUUGCACUGGAUUAUCAUACCGGUGGAGCUCAAGUAGUUUGUGUAAAUUCAAAAUGUCAUCGUGUGCGUGUGAGUCUGUCUGCUAAUAUAUUGCAGUACCUACCAUAGUCCCAAAAAAAUCAUUUUAAAGUGAGGUUUUGUGUGAAUCGGCACCUCACCUUGAUGAUUUGAAUGUUGAAUGUUUAUUUUUUUAUUUAUAUUUUUUUUAUUCCCUUCGCCCUAAUAGUGAUUUGCAGAUGUUACAUGAAGGAGCGUUUCAAGUCUUUGGUUGCCUACAGAUCUCCCUGCUUUAUCAGGGACAAGAAUAGUAAUAGUUUAAAAGCAUAACUGUUCACUGGGUUACUGUACAAUGGCAUAUCUACUGUACAUUUUAUUUUACUUUUAAGCAAACAUCAGUCUCAGGCUGUGAAUUCUUCUGACCAGGGACUGAUGUGAUUUAUAAAAAAAAAAAAAAAAAAAGUAAUGUAAUGAAAAUAUUGGGCCAAGACUGACAUUGCAUGACCCCGAACACUAAUUAUGUUGACCUUUACAUAUUUUUUUUAAUGAAUGCAUUGUUGUCUGACAGUGUUGCAACUCUUGGAGACUUUCAGUUGACACUGAAAAAAAAAAUGCAAUAUGCAUGAUUGUCAUUGUUCAGUUUUUUUUUUUUUAAACAAAAUAGUGGUGUUAUUUUCUUAAUGUACGUAUUACAUAGAUACACUAUAAAAGACUUUGCCAAAUUUGAUACAGUGAUAAUGUGAUAAAUUGUGUUUUUUGUUGAAUUGAACAUCUCUUUAUUUUCUAAGACAAAUAUGAAUUGGAAAUUCCAUGAGCCUCGUGAAAGCAGUUUGAAUGUAUAUCUUUGUACAAAACAAUUUUAGGUCUGUGGAUAUGGUAGUAAAGAUAGAUGUGAAAGAUAAAAUAACCCUUUUUUAAAUAAAAUUUUUGUAUUAGAAUAUUAACAAUGGUAAUUUUGUAUAUACAGGAAAGUAGGCUUUCCAAUUAGAUCAAACAUUCCUGCAUUUUUUUUUUUCAAUGUAUGUUUGUCAAAUUAUUACAUGAACAUGCAUCAUGUUAUGUGCCUUUUAUUUGGGUUGUCUAAAUAAAAGAAAACAUUACAUAUUUUGUAUUUAUCAAAUAAUGUUCACCUUUUAAUCAUUGCGAAAUUCAGGAGCGUUUUACUCUAUUUCAGUCUUUUUAAAAAAAAAAAAAAAAAAAAAAAUGUUUACAUACUCUAGAAAAGCCAACGUAAGUGUUCAGUAGCCUUGUUCAUUUGUCUUUGUUGCCUAAAAUUAAACCGUUUUCACCCAUUCAGCACUGAACUGGAGUUUAAAUGGGAAAUAUAUAUGUUUGGUUUUUUUCCUCCCCGUUAUCAAAGCUAGUUGACCUUUUUAAAUUUAGGCACAUUUUCGGAAAUAGGCGCAUCCCAAAAGUUUCACUUAGUUAUUUCUUUUCACACUUGUUGGAUGGCCAGGUACUCCAGACCCAGCUAUUUGUAUACAAGCAAUGAAAAAGUAAUUUGUCAACAAUAUGUCCCCUUAAAGGAAAAAGUGUUGUUCACAUCAUUUAGAGAACUCAUGGCUGAAUCCAGCCUCCGCUUGAAUGUGUCGUCAUCUACAGUUGCCCAGCAGAUGGCGACCAGUAAUCAUUUUCAAAUGUGAAUGCCUGCGUUGGUGUUUCCAUUAAUCAAGAUUUGUCAAAGUAAACAAAUAUGCAUGAAAGUAAUGUGAAAAAAUAAACAUUCCAUGAAUCGAA